UAUGCUAACAGAAACUGAAGCAGUUGAAAAUAUUCAAACGAUAUUGGAAAUUAAUCAGGGAAGAACUUUAAAGAAAUUGAUUUAUGUCUUAAUUGAAAGUCAUCCAGAACUUCUUGUAAAACUGGAAUCUCAGAAUCAAAAGUUAUUCCAUGUUUACAAUGAAUAUUUCGAUUUGACCGUCAUUCUAUUAGACAAGCUAAUUGUUGUUAUUGAACAAACAACAUGGGUUAUAAAAGAGAAUGCUAUCCUUAGCUCUGUUUGGAUAAUUGAAUAUGCUAAAUCCUUACUUAGUUUGGAUGGAUAUAUUGAAACUAUUACUAAGAGUAUAAUUGAUACUUUUAAGCCAAAUUCAACAAUUCACUUGAAUCCUGAAUGUUCGAUUAUACUCUACCAUCAAGUAAAAGUACUUAAGAGACUGAUUCAGGAAGUUGAUGGAGUUAAAGAAACUUUAAGAAGUCAAUUCUAUGAAGAAUUUUUAUAUUAUUUAACAGUUUCAUCCAUUAAUAAUAAAGAUAUGACAUGCGAUCCAAUCAGAGAAAUAAUACUUAAAACCUUAGAGCAUAUUAUCAAAGAAAUUACUCAGAGGCCAUUUUCUCUUCAAACUACUAAGCAAUCUAUAAAUUUAUCCGAUUCGUCGUCCUAA